AUUGGAUAACCCUCGAAAACGAAGCUGAGGAAGAGGAAAACCACAUCCUUGCAGCGUUAAGAGGAGGAAGAAGAAGAAGAUAAAUCGAUUCUUGGUCCGGAAAAUUCAAUGGCGGUUUCUUCCGUAACUUCGUUCAUGUUACCCUCUUUCGUCAACCCUACCUCUUCUUCUUCGUCCAGACAGAAAGUCUCUCUGCUUUCACUGCUUCCAUCUUCUUCUACUCAUGGCGACAUUGGCUCUUGCGUCCUUAACAAACCCUCCAUCUCGUUUACGAAGAAGGUCUUCGCAGCUCCCGAAACCCUAACUCCAGAAACUCUCGAUGAACCCACCUCUGAGGAAUUCUCCGAGGUUCCAAGCUCUCCCUCCAUAAGUGUAGACGCAGAUAAGAUGGCGCCAAAGCAAAAGAUUAGGAUCAAGCUUAGAUCUUACUGGGUGCCUCUUAUUGAGGACUCAUGCAAGCAGAUACUCGACGCUGCGAGGAACACCAAUGCCAAGACGAUGGGUCCUGUUCCAUUGCCUACCAAGAAGCGUAUCUACUGUGUUCUCAAGUCUCCCCACGUUCACAAGGAUGCAAGGUUCCACUUUGAGAUCCGGACUCACCAGCGGAUGAUUGAUAUUCUCUACCCUACUGCUCAAACAAUCGACUCCUUGAUGCAACUGGAUCUUCCCGCUGGUGUUGAUGUGGAAGUGAAGCUCUGAAGAUCAACCUUAACUACAAUGGUACCGUGGGCAUUUGCAUUGCAUGAACAGGCUGUUUCAUAUCAACAAAACUGCUUAGAAUUGGUAAACCAUGUAUUAUCUUUUCUGAGCUUCUGUAAUGAAUAUUCUUUGGUCCUAGAAAAGUUGGAAUCUUUUAAUCUUCCUUGUUAUUAGUUGAUGAACAAAUCCGCAAUUAAGCAAGUUCAAAGAAAUCUUUUGUGUGUGUC